AUGCCCACCCUUCGACUUCACUGGUGGGAUGCGCCGGGCCGCGCUGGGGAACCGACGAGACUGGCACUCACACUGAAGGGCAUCCCCUUCGAAGACGUACGCCACAGCUUCGGGAACCGCGAGAACGUCGAGGCCGUCAAAGUGAAGACGCCUUUUCAGCAGCUACCGAUUCUCGAAGUGGAUGGGGAGGCGGUCGUGCAGUCGAACACCAUCCUACGCUAUGUCGGGCGCCUCACAGGGCUCCUGCCUGACGCGCCGCUGGCAGCAGCGAGGCUCGAGGCAAUCAUGGACUUUAUGGCCAUGGACGUGGAGCCACUGGCCCUGUGUAGCCACCUGCAGGGGGAGGAGAAGACCGCCGCACGGGUGGCGGCCGCUGCUGCUGGGAGCGCCUUUCGCAAGCGCCUGGGGCAGUUGGAUGCCGCCAUAGCGCCGCUGGUGGACCAGGAGUUGGACAUGGCGCAGCUCAAGGUCUUCUGUGAGACCAGCACCUUCAUCUCGGGCUUCUAUGAUGGCUUCCCUGCGGACGACACCCUCUUCGAGGGGUGCGAGAACAUCAAGGCCUUGCGAAGAAAGAUCUCCCACAUGGACGCCGUCAAGAGCUACUACGCGGGCAGAGGCGGCUUCUACGCAGCCUUCGGGCCGAGCGGCUCCUGA